AUGACUUUGCAUCUUGGGCUUCCAGUCAGCUCCCUUCAUGCGCUCGUAAACUCCGCGAAUGAAGUCAGUAAUGCGGCCAAGAACAUGACUCGCAAUAGUGUCCGUAUAUCGACUGCUUGGUCUUCGCUCUUGAUUGAUAGGCAAGUUAUGUGCGAAACUGUAUGUUACCAUGGCGGAGGGUCCGAGCAGCUUCAUACAUCGAUGCCAUUGCCGCGCCAAGCCUAUGUGAUCUGGUCUUCGACUCACAUUGUCGGCUGUGGUUUGUUCAUGAUCAGUGGAUGGACAAGAUUUAUUCAUUCGAUUUUGAUGAUUGAGGAAGCUCAGAACAGCAUCAACUUCUCCUGGGCGCCCGUGAGCAAAUUCUUUCGUUCCAGCGGAAUCUUGAUAAUCGUGUUCAACUAA